GUGGGGAGGAGGGGGGGGGGAGUGAAACAAACAGACAAGAAGAGAAGGGGAAGCCGCGUGGAGUGUCUGUGUGUGGCAUUCUCUCUGUGAUCGCCUGCAUUUUGUAGGGACACUACCACCCGGAGCAAAACAACACUCGAUAAUUGCAAAUAUCGGAGAGCGAGGCAGGAAAUCGACUCGCAGUUCUUGUCAAAUGCAAACAUCGCCGUGGUGCUGAACUUAAUCGAAGAUUAGUGCAAUUAUCUUUUUGUUGUUGUGGUUCCUCUCGGAGAGAGAGAGAGCGCCGGCUGCGAUCCCUGCCAGAAUGCGUGCGUGUGGGGUGUUUGCCGCUGCUGCUCCUUUGGAACCGGGAGACACUCGCCCUCGCUACUGAACGUUCGAUUUUAGAAUCUCCCCGGGACCAUCCGACGUUCCAAACCCGGUCUCCGGAUUCUGAAGACUCCGGGUCAACGUUCCAAAUUCCACCCGCGCCUUCCCAAGCGGACGCCACUUUGUUUACCUUAAUAUUUUUAUUUGCAGCGAGCAAACUGAUUUUCGUGCGUGUGUGCGUGCUACUUUUUCUCCAAUACGUGAGAUUUCUUUAUUCUCCCUCUCUCCUUCCCCCCCCCCCACCCCCCCACGAUUUUUAAAAAAAUUAUCUACCGGCCGGUGAGGCCGACCGAGACUGUGUGAUGAUCUGCGAGCCGGAGUGUGGAGCGCUGUCGGCCCCCCCUUACUUGCCCGCACAAAGGGACUUGUAAAACCUCGCCUCCGCCGGAGAGGUCUUAUUGCUUUGUUCUGUAGCACUGGGAGUGGUUCCGAUCCUGAGCGGCGUGGCGGUGGACUUCUUUACAGCUGUGUGUGUUGUUUUUGUGUUAUUGCUACAUUUAGCCUCCUACUUGUAUCUACCUAGGGUAUCCCUGAUCGGGGAUACAUUGUUAAAGAGAUGUAUCCACAAAGCAGGCACCCGGCCCCGCAUCAACCCUCUCAACCGUUCAAAUUCACCGUGGCCGAAUCAUGCGACCGGAUUAAAGAGGAAUUUCAGUUCUUGCAAGCACAGUAUCACAGUUUGAAGAUGGAAUGUGAUAAACUCGCAAAUGAGAAAACGGAGAUGCAACGUCACUAUGUUAUGUAUUACGAGAUGUCUUACGGUUUGAAUAUUGAAAUGCACAAACAGACGGAGAUCGCCAAAAGAUUAAACACCAUCUUGGCACAGAUCAUGCCUUUUCUUUCACAAGAGCACCAGCAACAAGUAGCUCAAGCAGUUGAACGUGCCAAGCAAGUGACUAUGACGGAGCUAAAUUCGAUCAUCGGGGUACGUGGAGUUCCCAAUCUGCCUCUCACACAGCAACAGCUCCAGGCCCAGCACCUCUCCCACACCCACGCCCCUGUCCAAAUGCCACCCCACCCCUCUGGUCUUCAGCCUCCAGGAAUCCCCCCGGUCACCGGGAGCACCUCUGGACUCCUGGCGCUCUCCAGCGCCCUGGGCAGCCAAGCCCAGCUGUCGGUGAAGGACGAGAAGAACCAUCACGAACUGGACCACAGAGAAAGUACAAAUAACUCUGUCUCGCCAUCCGACGGCCUCAGGCCAAAUGAAAGAAACAAUCGGAGUUCCUCUGAUUACCUGGAUGCAAAGAAGCGGAAGGUGGAGGAGAAAGAUUCGAUGAACAGAUAUGACAGUGAUGGCGAUAAGAGCGAUGACCUGGUUGUAGAUGUUUCCAACGAGGAUCCAGCCACACCUCGGGUCAGUCCUGUGCACUCUCCCCGCGAGAACGGCUUGGACAAGCCUCGCAGCAUAAAGAAGGACGCGCCCAACAGCCCUGCCUCUGUUGCUUCAUCCAGCAGUACGCCGUCGUCAAAAACAAAGGAGAUGGGCCAUAAUGACAAAUCCUCAACCCCGGGCCUGAAGUCAAAUACUCCAACACCACGCAAUGAGGCUCCCACUCCAGGCACCAGCUCAACUCCUGGUCUGCGACCAAUCACAGGGAAGCCCCCUGGCAUCGACUCGCUAGCACCAGCCCUCCGUGCGCCGAUCUCACUGGCUGGCUCGUACGCCCCUUUUGCAAUGAUGACCCAUCACGACAUGAAUGGUGCACUGACCAGCCCGGGUCCUUACUCCAGCCUACACAUCUCACCGCAGAUUAAUGCGGCCGCGUAUCGAUCUCCCAUGGUUGGUUUCGACCCCCACUCCCACAUGCGGGCACCCGGACUCUCGGCCAGCAUGGCCUCGAUCCCAGGAGGAAAGCCUGCGUAUUCCUUCCACGUCAGCGCGGACGGACAGAUGCAGCCGGUGCCCUUCCCUCCGGAUGCUCUGAUUGGGUCUGGAAUCCCUCGGCAUGCCCGGCAGAUCAACACCUUGAAUCACGGUGAGGUGGUGUGUGCCGUCACCAUCAGCAACCCCACCAGGCACGUCUACACUGGAGGCAAGGGCUGCGUGAAAAUCUGGGACAUCAGCCAACCUGGUAGCAAGAGUCCCGUCUCCCAAUUAGACUGUCUAAACCGGGAUAAUUACAUCCGUUCCUGCAAACUUCUCCCCGAUGGACGUACGUUGAUUGUUGGAGGGGAAGCAAGCACACUAACGAUAUGGGACUUGGCCUCACCCACGCCACGGAUCAAGGCCGAGCUCACGUCCUCCGCGCCAGCCUGCUACGCGCUGGCCAUCAGCCCUGAUGCUAAAGUCUGCUUCUCCUGCUGCAGUGACGGUAACAUCGCCGUGUGGGACCUGCACAACCAGACACUGGUCAGGCAGUUCCAGGGGCAUACAGAUGGUGCAAGUUGUAUAGACAUCUCUCAUGAUGGCACUAAACUAUGGACAGGCGGCUUGGACAACACUGUGAGAUCCUGGGAUUUGAGGGAAGGAAGACAACUCCAGCAACAUGACUUUACCUCACAGAUCUUCUCGCUGGGUUAUUGCCCCACUGGUGAGUGGUUAGCAGUGGGAAUGGAGAGCAGCAACGUUGAAGUAUUGCAUCACACUAAACCAGACAAGUAUCAGCUUCACCUGCACGAGAGCUGUGUCCUGUCACUCAAGUUUGCCUACUGUGGCAAAUGGUUUGUCAGCACUGGUAAGGACAACCUGCUGAAUGCCUGGAGGACACCCUAUGGUGCCAGUAUAUUCCAGUCGAAGGAAUCGUCAUCCGUGUUAAGCUGCGAUAUCUCGGCUGAUGACAAGUACAUCGUCACUGGAUCUGGUGACAAGAAAGCAACAGUCUACGAGGUCAUCUACUGAGGACAGAUAAACCACAGUGGCACUUUAUAUCGCAACAUUCAGGAUCGGCUCGAAAUACAGCUUUUAUACCGAGAAGGAAUCCAUUGUAUGUUACAGUCAACCUAUCGAGAACUGGUUUACGAAAGACUGGGGUAUUCGAGGCUUGCUUUAAGUCUGAGAGUUGACGACUCUCCUCGCCGCUGAGGGAGGCUUGGAGUGUGCCCUGUUUGAAUCGGGAGAUGUCUGAGACUUACUGAAGGCCCAACUAGACUUCCUUUCUCUGAACCUUUUCUGUGGUGAACCUUGAGGAUAAGCGACACCGAACAGUGCGUGCAGACGUUUUGGACUCCAAUGUGAAGCGGUGCUUCACUUGUGAACUUGUUCCAACUGUGCUGUAAAUAUUGGGUGGAAUUGGGGUUCUGCCCACCUCUCUUGGGGGGCUUCUGCAUUCUUCCCUGAGACCAUAGCACCAAGUUCUGGGGUGCAAACUGUGGGGGAUUAAAUAGUCUCCCAGGAAAAUAAAAACAAGGUUCUGAAAUUAGAAGACAAUUUUGCUGGUUUGAGAGGGAAUGGGCAAGGGAUGUGGAGAGGGGCAAGGUUGGCCUUAUCGAGAAUACACCUUCCUACCUACGGACAUCAGAUCUUCAAUCUUGCUUCAAGGCCGACAUUCUCAUGAGGAAACUGAACCCGGGGAUAUGUGACGCGAUGUUGGAGACACUGCUCAGGGAAUCUGCAGAACAGAUUUGAGUGUUUUUCAUUUUUCCUCUGUGUGUACAUCAAACCAGAAGGGGAAGUUCAUUGGAGUUGGUGAUGGAGAAUUUGGACUUUUCAGAAGAGAUUUAUUUUUUAAGAAUUCCCCCCUCCCUCUGCCCACAGGAGUUUCUCUGCUUCAAGUGAUUGAAUUGAUCUCAGUUCAGCUUUAGUCUGAUCUGUUCUAUGUGUAUAUAUGUUCAAAUUCCAGAUAGCUAGUGGUGCAGUUCCUGCAAAAAAAAGUCUUGAUUUAUUUUUACUUUUUAACAUUUCAGCUGUAAGAGUAAAGUACAUAACAACAGUGUCUCACAAAGUAUCACAGUGUGUCUUGUUUUCCCUUUUCUAUGUUCGGUUGCUAGCUGCAUUUAUUGAAUCCAAUAGAGUUGGAGAGCUUUACAGCACAGGGAAAGGCCCUUCGGCCCAACUCAUCCAUGCCGACCAAGUUUGCUGGCUGACCUAGUCCCAUUUGCCUGCGUUUGACCCCUGCCCCUCUUGACCUCUUCUAUCCAUGUAUCUGUCCAAAUGUUGUUCUUGUACCUUUUUCCACCACUUCCUCUGGCAGCUCGUUCCAUAUACCCACCACCCUCUGGGUGGAAAAAGUUGCCCCUCAGGUCCCUUUUUUAACUCUUUCCCAUCUGUCACCUUAAAUCUAUGCCCUCUAGUUUUGGACUCCCCUACCCUGGGGAAAAGACUGUGGCUAUUCACCUUAUCUAUCCUCUCAUGAUUUUAUAAACCUCUACAAGGUCACUCCUUAGCCUCCCACACUCGAGGGGAAAGGUCCCAGCCCAUCCAGCCUCACCUUGUAACUCAAGCCUUCCAGUCCCGGUAACAUCCUUGUAAACCUUUUCUGCACGCCUUCCAGUUUAGUGACCUCCUUCCUAUAGCAGGGCGACCAGAACUGUACGCGGUAUUCGCAAUGUAGCCUUGCCACAUUGCCUAGAGUCGAAUAAAACGGAGAAUCCAAUAUAUUGUUUCAAGGGGCAGUGAGGAUUGGGGUGGGGAUGCUGGUAUGGGAGUGUACCUGCCCAUCAGAACUGAGCAACUAGUAUUCAGUUUGCCCACCAGAUUAUACUGCUCUCUGCCCUGCCAUCUAUCCUUUCCAUCUGAUCCCUAUUCCCUCUCCCUUAACAGUUGGAGCUUUUGACUGUUUAUAAUGAUGUUUUGGAGGAGAUUAAGGUUCUGACAGAGUGGGAUGCAGAGGAGAUGUUUCCUCUUGUGGGAUAAUCUAGAGCGAGAGGUCUCUGUUUACAGACAGGGAGUUACCCUUGUAGGACACAAAUGAGGCAAAAUCUUUUUUGAGGGUCGUGAGUCCUUGCAACUUACUCAGACAGCAGAAGGAGAGUGGAGAAUGAUUCUUGAUAAGAGAGGGAUCAAAGGUUACCAGAGUGAGGUGGGAAUGCAGAGCUGACCUUGCAAUCAGAUCAGUGGUGACCUUGUUAUCGGUGGUGGAGCAGACUUGAGGGGCUGACUGGCCUUGCCCUGUGUCGCUCCCAGUGUGAAUGCUUCUCCCCUUCACUGAGCAGGGUUUGUAGUGAGGCUGUUCUCAGUCAUGAGUUUCUUUUACAAACAGGAUUAGAAAUGGAAGUAAGCCAUUCAGCCCAAGAGUCUGUCUGCCGUGCAAGAGGAUUUUGGCUGAUGUAGAAGUGGCAUCUCGGACAGUGUGGCACAUGUUUGGUACCGCACUAGAUUCUGGCAUUGAAACUCACCUGCAAAGUGCCCACCACCACCUCCCCCAAUCACCAGCACCCCCCCCCCCCCCCCACCACUGAACCAUAGAUGACACUUCUAAAGAUAGAUUCCUCACUCUCAGCGUAAUGGACACCAAGCUUACACUGUGCACAGUUCCCAAGAUGUGCCUGUAAUGUCAAAACCAGACUAAGUGGGAAUGGAAGGGCAAUGAUUGGGCCAAAUGCUUUGAAGUUUUGUUUCUCCGCUCCCUGUGCCCUGUACACUCUCUUGAUCAACCCCUUUCCCAGCAGCAGCCAGUUAAGAUGUGAUCAUCUGGUUCUUGCAUCAGUCAAGAGCCAGUUCAUCUCCCCUCUCCCAUUCUGUGAGCUAAUCACACUCUCUGGUUUGAAUUUUCUCAACGUACCAACAAUUUGACUUCUGGAUUAAAUUCCACCCACAACUCAGCUCGCCUGAAAAAAGGCAGGAUUUGUUUUGGAUUUUUUUGAUACAUGUCAAAAUCAUCCCUUUAUGAAAAUAUAUUCUCAACAGAGCAGAAGUGUACAUGACUCGGUCUCUGAUACCAGGGUUGUUCAGGGUUAUGAGGUAUCUGUUCUUGAGAUCUCUGACACCAGAUAUGUAGCAACUUAACUUUACGAUCACAGAAGAUGAUGUACAGUUGUUAAUAAUUCAAUAAAAGUUUUUUUUUAAA